GCCGGAAGUUUGGUUUGGGAUCGCGCUGAAUCCCCGGGAGAGCUCGCGGGAUGGCGAGCUGGAGCCCAAGCUCAUGGCGAGCGCUGCCAAAGCACCAGAUGGCCGAGUGGGAGGACAAGGCUCUGGCCGAGAAGGUCCUCACGAAGCUAGGCAAGCUGCCGGGCCUGGUGCAGCCCAAGGAGUGCGAUCGCCUGAAGGCGCUGCUGGCGGCCUGCGGCCGGGGGGAGCGCUUCCUCGUGCAGGGCGGGGACUGCGCGGAGCGGUUCCUGGACUGCGAGGCGGAUCGUCUUGAGCAGCAGCUGAAGCUCAUUCUUCAGAUGGGCAUGGUGGUGGAGCACGUCAGCGGCAAGCCGGCGCUGAAGAUCUGCCGCAUCGCGGGGCAGUACGGGAAGCCCCGGUCCAAGCCCACGGAGGUGGUGGAGGGCAAGGAGAUUAUGAGCUUCAAAGGGGACAACAUCAAUGGCUUCGACCCCAAGGACCGGAAGUGGGAUCCCGAGCGUUUGCUGCUGGGCUACUGGCACUCUGCGGCCACCCUGAACUUCCUUCGGGGCUACGCCACCGGCGGGGACCACCUGCCGCUGCGGACGUUGGGCCUGGCAGAGCUCAAGGGCUCCGAGCACUACGAGAGCUACGCGGAGGAUGCCCGGGCCAUCUUCGAGAAGACCCUGUCGUCAGACAGCUUGGAGUUCUUCACCUCCCACGAGGCGAUGCAGCUGGACCUCGAGGAGGCACUGACGCGGCCGGUGGGGGGCAAGUACUACAACCUCAGCGCCCACCUCGUGUGGAUCGGGGACCGCACCCGGCAGCUGAACUGCGCCCACGUGGAGUACUUCCGGGGCAUCGCCAACCCCAUCGGCGUCAAGGUGGGGCCUUCGAUGAAGAAUGACGAGCUGAAAGAGCUGGUGCAGCUGCUGAACCCCAACAAGGAGGAGGGCCGGGUGAUGCUCAUCACCCGCUACGGCGCUGGGAAGGCGGAGGCGAUGCUGCCGGGCCACAUCCAGGCGGUGAAGGAGAGCCAGGUGCCGGUGACGUGGCAGUGCGAUGCCGUGCAUGGGAACGGCAUAGUGGCCAGCAACAAGCUGAAGACACGGAUGGUCAAGGACAUUCUGACGGAGAUCUUUGAGGUCAUGGCCAUCCACAAGCGGUGCGGCUCCAUUUUGGGGGGCAUCCAUCUGGAGGUCUCGGGCCAGUGCGAUAUCACGGAGGUCCUGGGCGGGUCCAUGGGCCUCACGGAGGAGAUGCUCCUGAAGAACUAUGAGACCUACUGCGACCCGCGGAUGAACUACUCCCAGUCCCUCGAGGCGGCCUUCCGCGUAGCCAACGAGAUGCCGAGUUCGGAGCGCGCAGCCAAGCGCCAGAAGUGAUCGGAGAGGAGCAAGAUGUCAGCCGCCCUCGUGGCUCACAUCGGGUUCCGUGGGUGUGGCACCGCCGGCCGACGGUAGAGCCGUUGAGCCUCAGCCAUUGGCAGACCUGCGCGCGCAGGGGCCGCAGGGGUUGGGCCCAUAGCGGUUGC